UUACGUCACGUCGUUAAUUUCCGCAGAAGUAUUACGGCCUUCAGUUACGCUACCGAGACAACGCAAAGUCCGUAAUAGGGCCACCCCAGGAAAUAUGCCCACUGCAACGAAUUAAAAGCUGUUCGCAUGUUCAGUUCAAGAUGGUGCUAGAAAGCAUAGCGAGGAUCAUAAAGCACCAGCUUCCAGCCUACCUCAAAAAACUGCCGCUGCCUGAAACUAUCGGAGGCUUUGCGCGUUUAACGGUUUCAGAGUGGCUGCGAUUGCUCCCCGUCCUGGGAAUCCUGGCCUUGCUGGGCUACCUCACCAUACGGCCCUUCCUACCCAAGAAGAGGAAGCAGAAAGACAGUCUGAUCAACCUGAAGAUCCAGAAGGAGAACCCCAAGGUGGUCAAUGAGAUUGACAUUGAAGACCUGAAAAGCCCGAGUGCUUGUUACUGCCGCUGCUGGCGCUCUAAGACGUUUCCCGUCUGCGACAAAUCUCACAUAAAACACAACGAGCUGACCGGCGACAACGUGGGCCCCCUCAUACUGAAGAAGAAAAUUCUAUAAUCCACGCUGCCGAGUGGAGAGGCGGUGCAGCCGUAAACCCCGCGUCCUAGUGGGAGGUACUUGUAGUUCUUGCAACCUUUAGGGAGGGGCCAAGUUUUCCAUUUCCUGUUUUUUUUUUUCUUGCUAGAUUAAAUACAUAUAAAGCAUGUGCAUUUAGACUUGUACAAUAUUGUGCAGAGAUAAAAAAAAACCUCAGAAAAGGAAGUAUGUCCUUAACUACUCAGAAAUGCUCUUAUUUAAACGGCAGCAUUGACUUUUGCUUUUAUUUACUGUUAAAUGAGAACGGGUGCACCCCGUACGCAUGAGGAUGCUGUUACGGCCUCCACUCUCACCCGCCUGUAUUGCCACUGUAACUGGAACCUGCUUUCCAUCUGAUUUGUAUUCCAAAACACCAGGGCUUGAGAGUUGCGGCCUGGAGAUACGGAAUUGGCAUCUAAUCGAGGCCAUGGACGUCUCGAACCAAAACGCUUAUGGAUCAACCGGGGGAUGCUAAGCUGAAUUUGCGCUACUCCGCGUUUGUGUGAUCCUGAGUCGGUCUUUACUCUAACCCAUUUGAUUUUUAUUUGCACCGGAAUUAUAUUGGAUAUUUUUUUUUCUGUGUGUGUGUGUGUUUUAUUUCCAGUAAGUUCUGUAUCUUGGUUAUACAUUGGGACCACAUUUGGUAGAAAAGGAGUAGAUGUAUCAUAAUUCUUAGUUUGUAGUCUGUUCAGGGGGCUUUCCGCUGUCGAGCUGAAUUUGGCUGCCCUGUUUUUCGUGUUUUCCUUCAUUCCGUCUCCCUCCUUCCGCGUGGAACGCUGGAUCUCACACUUUACUAAUACGCGACGGAAAUGCCACCGGUGACCGAGCCGUCUGCUUUCAGCGGGAAUUCCGCGGCGUUGGUCACCAUCCUGCAGCCCCCGCGCUCAAUCUUCUUCUCAUGUGUCCCUGAGAGAAAUAAAUCUCCAGCUUCGGUUUUUAAA